CCACUCCUCCAGUGGCCCAGGGGCUGUGAGGCACUAAGACCCAGUAGACGGCAUCCAGCCUGGCUGCUGCCUGCCUCCCCGCGCCUGCUGUCUGCUCGCCGCUGCUCUGCAUUAGCCCUGAGCGCAUACCGGAGCCAGCACACGCGUGUGCGUGUAGGUGUGUGUGUUUGUGUGUGUGAGUGUGUGUGUGAGUAAGUGACAAGAGUGCAUGUGUGUUUGGUUUGUGCCUGGGUGCAUCCAUGUGUGUGUGUCUGUGUGUCUGUGUGUACGUAGGUUUGUGUGUGUGUGUGUGUGUGUGUGUGUGUGUGUGUGUGUGUGUGUGUGUGUGUGUGUGUGUGUGUGUGUGUGUGAGUGUGUUUUCUGUGCAUCGGUAGGCUCGGAAGGCAGGGAGCUCUCGUCUCUUCUUUCUAUUUGAUUUGGUCUGCGCUCGGCCACCUGCAUUGAGGACUGGGCUGGAAGAGAUGUGCGACUGUGUGUGUGUCUGUGUGUACUGGUAGACAUGGGAAGAGAUGAGUGUGGGGGAUAGAGGUGGGUAGGGGGUGCGGGGGGGGAGCUGAUGAAGAGAUGAAAGGGCCAGGUGAGGAGGAGACACAGGAACGUCUCUCCCUUUAGUUCUCUCUGUCUCUCUCUCUUUCUCUCUCUCUCUCUUUCUCUCUCUCUCUCUCUCUCUCUCUCUCUCUCUCUCUCUCUCUCUCUCUCUCUCUCUCUCUCUCUCUCUCUCUGUGACGUGGUGUGUCUGAGACUGUGUGUGUGGGAGAGAGAGCAAGAGAGAUAGAGAGAGAGAGGGAGAGGGAGAGUGCAAGAGACAGAGAGAGAGAGAGAGCAUAACAGUGCCACUCCAGCAGACUGUCAACCCUGGCCGGUGAGAAAGCAGCAACCCCACACCAAAACAGGGUUACCUGUCUCCAAUUGAAGAGGAUGCCAGCAUGUUGCAUCCAAUCCAAUCCAAGGAAUUGGUGUUGACUUCUCUGUAAAACCACACACCGACAUCAGCCCCCGCCCUGGUGUGAAAUGCUACAACUGCCAUGACACACGCACGCACUCCCUGAGCUCCUCCGCGACACCCUACGGCAGGGGAGGAUGGGAGAUGGGCCCCUGAACGUCAGCGGCCUCUCUCCUCCUCGUCCUGUCCUCUCAUGGAGCACUCGGCCUCGACCAGCGCCUUGUGGAACGCCUCAUGGAGCCCCGACCAGCUCCACCCCAACGUCUCCAACGUGACCCUCCCCAGCAGGGGUCCCCCGGCCGGGGUGGACCCCGGCCGCGCCCUGGCGCUGGUGGCCAUGCUCCUCAUGGUGGCGCUGGCCGUCGUGGGGAACCUGGCCGUGAUGGCCGUCAUCACCAAGACGCCGCAGCUGCGCAAGUUUGCCUUUGUGUUCCACCUGUGUCUGGUGGACCUGCUGGCCGCGCUGGUGCUGAUGCCCCUGGGCAUGCUGUCGGACGAGGCGCUGGCCGACGAGGCGCUGUGCCGGAGCUACCUCUGCCUGAGCGUGUGUCUGGUGAGCGCCGCCAUCCUCACCAUCUCCGCCAUCAACGUGGAGCGCUACUACUACAUCGUGCACCCCAUGCGCCACGCGGCGAGGAUGACCGCCGGCGUGGUGUCCACGGUGCUGGUGGCCGUCUGGGUCAAAGCCCUUGUCAUGUCGGCGCUGCCGCUGCUGGGCUGGCUGCUCCAGGGGGACCGGAGGGCGGGGCACCCGGCGGGCCUCGGCUCGGGACACAGGCACUGCUCCCUGCAUUGGGCGGGCGGCGGGACCACGCGGCUGCUGUUCAUGGUCUUCUUCACCUGCAUCUACUUCCUGUGUCCCGUGCUGGUCAUCCUGGUGGUCUACUGCAACAUGUUCAAGGUGGCCCGGGUGGCGGCCAUGCAGCAGGGGCCCCUCCCCACCUGGAUGGACACCCCGCGGCCCCAGCGCUCCGACUCCGUCAGCAGCCACUCCACGCUGGCCGUCAGCCUGGGCGGGGCCGGUGCUCGCAGCACCCCGCACAGGAACUUCGGCGGGGGGAAGGCGGCCGUGGUCCUGGUGGCGGUGGGGGGGCAGUUCCUCUUCUGCUGGCUGCCGUACUUCUCCUUCCACCUGUACUCGGCGCUGGUGUCCAGCUCGCCGGCCUCUCUGGCCCGGCUUGAGGGCGUGGUCACGUGGAUGGGCUAUUUCUGCUUCACCUCCAACCCCUUCUUCUACGGCUGCCUGAACCGACAGAUCCGCCAGGAGCUGGGGCGGCACCUGGCCUGCCUGUUCAAGAGGGCCAGCCUGAGCGAGGCCGAGCAGCUGCCCAGCCGCGAGGCCUCGAUCGAGGAGAACUUCCUGCAGUUCCUCCAGGGCACAGGCUGCAAUCUGGCACACUGCGACGACUCGCAGGGCAGAAGCAGCCCGCAGGAGCCCGCGAGCGAAGGCCCUCCGGACACGGCGACCGAGCAGAAUAUGCCAGCUGACUUCCACAUCCCCGGGCAGAUCCUAGAGGAGACCUCAGAGUUCAUAGAGCGAAAUGUAUCGGAGAAGUGCUGCAAGACUGCGGCUGAUCUGUAGCCUCUGAUGUGCCCGAGACGAGGCCGAAAAUAAAAACUAUAUUUGCCUUUUUUAUUGAACAAAACAAACAUGCCAUUUGUUCAUAUGAUCAUCAGUGCUACUAAAGAUAAAGAGGUAUUCAGCUGACUAUGAAACACUAUGUUCUUUGAAGAAUAAUGGCUGAAGGGGCAACCUACCGAAAACAAAGCUGAUAUUAUUUAUACCAUCUGAUUUUAUUUUAUUUUAUUGCGGACAUUCUGAAUUGUCCCCUUUUAAGAAUAUGUUUUUUACUUGUUAUCACUUGUUUUGCUCAAUAUACUUCCUCAGCAAUUGAGGUGCAGUGCAACGAUGUAGAGUAGAGCAAAUGCUUUGCCUCCAUAGAGACACAUUGAUAUGAAGAAGGACAUGUCAGGGCAAGAGUCUGGACGAAACCUAAAUCAAUUACAGAAGGUUUUCGUAAGUUGGAUGCAAUAAGACUCAAUGCAUAAAAGUAAUCUUCCUUACCAUUUACAACUCAUGACAUAGCAAGAACAAGAAGAGUUGGGCAUAGUUUAGCUUAGUUAUCCUGUUUUCUUACACUGCCAUACUUUGCUGUUUAAAGUAGUUUAGCUUUUGUUUCUUUAAUGUAUCGAAUAGACAUGGUAUAUGACAAUCUUUACUACGGCAUACCUUUAUUUAUUUAACCGACUAAACCCCAGGACAAUCACAUUUUUGAGACUGUAGUUGCUACUCAAAUUAAUUGCCUUUUUAUCGACCGAUGAUCCUUCCGGGUGAAUUUUAAAUUCAGGUUUAAAAUUGCUAUGUUGAGAUGACGCAGAUGUCAUUAGGGUAAAGGUUAACGGACAGUGGUCCGGUAUAUGGGCCUAGACAAAGACAAAAGGAGCUAUUUGGGUGUGCAAUGGAUCAGCAAUUAAUCUAUUUGCAUUAAAAAUGUACUUUUUCCUUGGUUUCAAAGAUGAAUGCACAUUUUUCUAUGUCAAACAGAUGCCACGAGGAAACACUGGAUGUUGAUUAUUUUCUAAUCUCACUCAGUUUCGAAAAAUACAGUGUUAAUAAAAUAAUUUCAUCAGUUGGUGCUCUUAACGGUAUUCGUAAUAAACAGGCUCACAUGCCGAUGUAUUUUUAACCCUUUUUAUCAUGUUUAUCCGAGUGUGGACUGGAGACCUUCAAACACAUAAUCACUUCAUUAUGUGACCGCCAAAGGGGUUAAGCAAUGUCAUUUUAUUAAAGGUUUCAUUAUUA